CUCUCUGCCCUCUCAUUCGGCGUUUUUUCUGUGGACGACGUUCUCCUGUGGCAAAAAUCUCCAGCAGUCAACGACUUCAUAGCUCAGCUACUGGGAAAGGCAAUUGCAGCUAAUUUGUAAAAUUUGGUGAUUUUGUUUGGAAGCAAGUGUUGUUUUUUUUGCAUUUCGGCGAGUCGUGUUUUGCGUAGACCGAGACCCAAUAAUUUAAACGUGUUUUUCGCGCUUCGCUUUCGAAACCAAAACCAACAGUAAAUCAAAAUGGCUGAUGUGGCUGAGCAGAAAAAUGAGACCCCUGUUGUCGAGAAGGUGCCCGCUGAGGAAGUCGAUGCCGUGAAGAAGGAUGCUGUCGUCGCUGCUGACGAAGCAGCCGUCGAGAAGCCAACAACCACAGAGAACGGUGCCGCCGAUGAGGAGAGCAGUGCCAAGGAGAACGGUGCUGCUGCCCCCGCUGCCGAUAAGGCCGAGAAAGUCGCCGCCGAUGCCGUUGAUGGCGAGAAGGCUGCUGAGACUCCUGCCGCCGAAGCUGCAGAGGAGAAGAAGAAGGACGAGGAGGCGGCAGUCGCCGGCGAUGAGGCCAAGGAGAGCAGCGAGGCAGCACCCGCUGCUGUUGAGAACGGAGCCGAGGAAGCAGCCAACGGUGACUCAACAGACGCGCCCGUCGUCGAGUCAGUGAAGCGGAAGGUGGAUGAGGCCUCCGCCAAGGCCGAUGAGGCCGUUGCCACCCCCGAGAAGAAGGCGAAGCUGGACGAGGCCAGCACAAAGGAUGAGGUUCAAAACGGUGCCGAGGCCAGCGAAGUGGCUGCCUAAAUGGUGCAUCGUAUCGUUCCCGGUCUGCACCAGCCGCCGUACACACACAUUACUCGUACAUAUAAAUUACUUACUAACACUAAAACAAGAACACACACACACACGAACACACAAAUGAACGCCCGCUCCCCCCACACGCACACCUCUGUGGGCACCGGCAAGCUUGAUAACGUUUGACACAUGUUUGAUUGGAGCGCUCGAGUGUGCUUGUGCGCGCGGGGGGUUCGGGCGCGCAAUUCUCUUUAACAAUCCUGCAAUGGGAGCGUAGUCUUAAAGCGUCCCGAUUGUCUGUCUCUCUACUAACAAAUAACCCAACAAACAAACAAAGCAACCAACAAAAAUUAAGAUGAAGAAAAUCCAUUAUCAUUUAAAAACCUUACUUAACUUAACUUAAAAAAAAGUAUAUAUAUAUAUAAAGCAAACGAUUAAGAAAGAACAAGCAAAAGUAAGAUGGCGAGACGGAACCCCUCUAUGUUUUAAGAUAAAGUUGUAAACGAAAAGCGUCAUUUAAUAAUUGUAAUAAAUACGAAGCAAAAGGAAAAUCCUCCCCAUUAUAUAAGAUCAUGUGACAAAAAAAAAGGGCAUAAGCAUAUUUUUUUCUUUUCCUAAUUCUACUGGUACGAUCCUAUAAUGUUUAUUAAUAUUUAUAUAUAUAUAUAUAUAUCAAGUUCAAAAACAAUUGCGAAAACAGCCAACUGCCACGCCCCCCGCACACAAACGCUGGCAAAAGAAAAAAAAGAACUUGAGAAAAAUUCGUAUAUAUAGAAACAAUAAAACCGGAUAAGAAAUUAAAUUUUUAUAUAGUAGCAAUCAAAACCGUUGAAACACAACAACCCCCCUCCCAAUUUUAUAUACAGAAGGGAAAUCAUGUUCCAACGAAAAAAAAUAAGAAAAAAAAGGAAAUGCUGCCGUGACUAUAUAUAAACUUCUUUUUUUUAUACGUAAUUACUAGACUAAUGGCGUGUCCAAGUCUUCUAAUGGUUCUUUUUUUUUCCAUUUGUAUUUGCGCUCAGAAAGAGGUGUUCUUCUGGGGCGUACUUAAAGCCAACCUACUAAUUUGUCCAAUUUCGAGUAACGUAACUGUCAUUGGUUUCGAGCGAACCAGUGGAAACCAGAGCAGACCAAACCAUAGACAAAACACUGAGGCAAACACGAAUUGAAAUAAUUAAAGUAAAAUGUGAAUGAGGAAAAUCUUAAUUAAAAUGUAAAAUUGCUAAAUGAAAAACCCAUUUCCACAAGCAAAUCCGUUAAGACGGGCUGAGAACAGCAUCAGACUCAGUCAAACAAAAACAUUCGAGAACAUUCAAAAAUAAAUGGAAGAGAAACAUUCAAAUA